AUGUCUUCCAACCUCAUGGACACUGAGCCCGGUGGACGCAACACGCAGUACGAGUCCAUCAAGACAGUCACCAACCCUACCGCCAAAGAACCCGGACAACUAGGCCACGCCGCACCACCCACCAACAAGACAGCCGACGACGCCGGCACAGGCGGUGGCAGCAACACGCACGUCUCCCCCGCCGAGAAGAUCCGCUUCGGCCAGGCCAUGUCCGAAGAAGGCGGCGUGUCGGGAUACACGGAGCCGGCGGCGGCGGGCGCGGGGCGCGCUGUGCACGAGGGCGGCUUCGGCGGCACCGAGGCCCUGGUCGAGGGCGGGGAUGGGGAUGCCGCGGACGAGGCGCGGCGGAGGAGGGCGCAGGGGUAUGGUGGGAGUGGGGAUAUGGAUAAGGGGGUUGGGGCGUAG